AUGGAGCACUUUCGGUGGGGGAAGCCGGUGGGACGCAAGAGGAGACCCAUCAAGGUCUACCCCAACGGCGUGGAGGAAGAAUCGGCCGAGAGCUACCCGCUGGAGUUCAGGCGGGAGCUGGCGUUGGGGGCACCGCCCGAGGAGGAAGAGGAAGAGGAGGAGGAAGGGCAGGAGGAGGAAGAGGAGGAGAAGGCGGCCGGCGGGUCCUACCGCAUGCGGCAUUUCCGUUGGCACGCGCCCUUGAAGGACAAGCGCUAUGGGGGCUUCAUGAGCUCGGAG